GUGACAGCAGCAGUUGUACGAACUUUAGGCAUUCUGUGUCAAACGGAAACAGCCACAGAACAAAAAACAGGAUUUUGUGCAGGUUUUCUCUAGAAUUUUGAUAUUGAUAAAUAUUGAAGCUUCAACAUACUACAAUAAGAAAAGUCUAUAAAGUAAUUCGUAUAUAUUUUGUCCCCUACAACAAUAUCGGAGACAAUGUCAGAUGAACAUAAGCCAGUCAACGAAAAUGAUUUGAAAGAGUUAAAAAAUAGGAUGAAUUUAAUCGUCAGUGCCGAUCCAGCUCAAUACCACAAUGACUUUUCAUUGAGAAGAUAUCUCAGAGCAUUUAAAACUGUUGAUCAAGCUUUCCAGGCUAUUAUAAAAACCAAUAAAUGGAGAAUAGAAUAUGGAGUUCCAGAGUUACAAAAUGACAAGAAAUUAAUAGAAAAGUAUGCUAACAAAGCACGGGUAUUGAGGCAUCGGGAUAUAGUUGGCAGACCAAUUGUUUAUAUACCUGCUAAGAAUCAUAGCUCCAGUGAUAGAAACAUUGAUGAACUAACCAAAUUUAUUGUUUGUUGCUUGGUUUUGAAAAACCUCAUAUGGCUGUUAAGCAGGCACUAUCCGGAAAGGUUGGGAGUCUGCCUCAUUAUCAAUGCUCCAACAUUCUUCUCUGGCUGCUGGGCUGUAAUAAAGGGCUGGCUUGAUGAAAAUACUGCAGGCAAGGUAACUUUUGUAAAUUCAGAGAUGGAUCUCUGUCAGUACCUGAUACCAGAUAUACUUCCGACUGAUGUGUAAUCUUUGGAGAGAUUAGAUUGAUAGGGUAUCCUGUAAGUAUGUAUCAUUUAAAAUUUACAACCUAAACAUGUGAAUAUCUAUAGACCUUUAUGAGUAAGUUAACAGUAAAUGAUAGUCAUUUAAAAAUGCUAAAUUUUAUACUGAUCACUAUCACAGUGUGAAAAUUAUUACCAAAUGUCAAGUUAGAUUUUAUUUAGGGCUAUUUUUUCAAUUGUAGUUUCAGUAGUUUUUGAGUUGCUCUGCAACAUACAAAUCUUUCCUGUUUACAAUAUUAGUUUAUGGUAUGGUAUCUGCUUGAUGGUAUCUAGAAUAUCACUUGCACAUCACCUCAUUACCUUCUGGUUACUUCUGGUUAGUUGAUUUCACUGAUCUUGAAGCUAUUCCUUUGAAGUACUAUAGUCUUUUGACUUUGGCGUGAGACAAAAUGUAAACAAAUAAUCUGAUGUUCUAUAAUUUUCUUAAAGUCAGAAAGUACUCACUAGUCAAUGAUUACGUAUAAUUUAUGUUAUGUAUAAUUUAUUAACAACUUCAAACUUAACAUAAAAAAAUAACAACAAACUCAACAAAUAAAAUAAGGAAAUAACAAGAAUUGAACAAAUAUGAUAGAAUAUGCACGCUUGCGUCAACAGGCUGAUCGGGAAGUAAAGAUGGCUGACAUAAACCAACCGAUUACAACACUUCAACGUAAAACACUUAUAUCAUGUCUACUCUUAAAUUUUGUCAUAUUAUAAUAUGUGUUAAGUUUGGGAAUGAUUGUGUUUUUAUGAGUAACAUAAAAAUAUACGAAUUUAUGAUGAGUAUGUACGUUAAAUAUGUGUGAAAAAUUUUACUUUCUUAUUCAUAUGUAUGUACCAGCUUUUAAAAUAAUUAACAUAAUGUUUCCCUGCAUUGCCUAUGUAAAUAGUAUUUAAUUUUUACUUUUGUCAAACAUGACCAUAAAAGGUAUCCUUUUUAUGGUUUGUUUUCAUUUUGUCGCACGCCAUUGUGAAUAGACUAUAGAAGUGUGUGGGGUUUCCAGAUCUGAUGAUGAAGGAUUAUUACAUAAUCAGCCAUGAAUGAAAACAGAAUUAUAUCCAUUACCACUUUAACUUUUAGAGAUUAGAGUUAAGUCACAGUUCUUUAGAAACAGAGAUUUUAAAACUUUUAGGCCUGAAGUUGUCAUUAAUAUAUGUUUUAAUGGUUUUUGUUUUAAUUUUUUUAUCUGCUGUCUUACCGUGAACUCUGAACAGGAAGCAGUUGCAAAAUUUCCAAAAAUAUUCUUUAAUAGGCUAUUUGACAGAAUGAAAAAUGUUGUUGGUUGUUUAUUUAAUAAGAAUAUUAGCAGCAAUUUCACUAUUCUGAAAUAACAAAUAAAUAAUAACUUUUCUUAAAAAUCAACAUAUGGUUCUUACUUAAUUCCAUUAAUUGUGGUGGAAUUUCGCGGCUAUGUUUUUUACAGAAAUUAUUAUUAAAAAUGAGAGGGGUAAAACAAGAAAGUAAAAAAAAGAAAACAAGUUUUUUUUACUUUUUUUAUUUAUAAUAAUUAUAGUAAAAAGGUCUUUAUGUUCAAUUUGAAUUCUUCUUUUCCACGAUGUCUCCACUACCCAAUCGGCAAAUUCCCCUUUAAUAUUACUUAUAAUAAAUUUUCUUAUGAGGACCUGCCCAUGGCUCUCUGUCCUCUGGGCAUGUGUACCAUCGGGAGCAAUUAAUCUAUUUUCCUGAUCACUAUGAUUAACUUUAUGAUGGGUAUGCCUAUGUUUGGGAAGGCAAUCGUAUGCUCUCCAGAGAUCUGUAUAGAUAAUGGAGCCCUCCCGAAAAUGUUUUUUGAUGAUGAGUAUUAAUGUUUCCACUGACCGCUCGUUAUCGGGACAAACUUCUAGCAGUAAGUCCUCACUGCUAUCCUCCACCAUAGGAAUGACCCAGUGGCCCUCAAUAUGACGUCCUCUAUUAUAUUUGCAUUUUUCAAACUUUGAUUCAUCAAUUUGGAUGUUUUUCCAGGGCCAACGAUCAUUGGUAUUUCUUUUUCUUUUUGCUUGCAUAGUUGCUUCCCGACAAUAGCUGACCCAAUCAGCUGUUGUCCUGAAUGAUGAACUGUAUUUUCUCUAAAUUCAUUCUCAAAGUCUCACGUCCAAAUCUUCGUAUGUUCCAUUGAGUACGAGUAAAUACAUUAGUUUAAACACGGUCGUUAUUGGUAACCAUGCUUGUUUAAACCAGGUUCCUAGGGCCUGGCUAUAGGUUUUCCUCCUUCAGUUAUAUAACUGACGAACACCUAAAUAUUCCAAAAUUUUGUAAAAUUCGCACCAAUCUCAUUUUUUCACGAGGCACAAGUCCAUUCUCCUCCGCAAACCGAAUGCGAGUUGCAAGUUCCACUGUAGACGAACCUCUUCACAGUAUAAAUGGAUUCGCCUUCCAGAAGAUCAUGAUAGGGAAGAUGCAAUAUUUUUAUUUUAAAGAAUUCCAUGUAGAAUAAACCACAGAUAUAAUAAAAAAUUAAAACAUUGUAAUAUAUCGGAAAAAAAUGCGGUUUUAAAUUGACACUUUCAUUUCUACACUUGACAACUCUGCACUUUGGAAAAAAAUAGUUGCAACCAUGUCAACACUAACCCUUGGUAAAUUCCUGGAGUCUGCUUUAAUAAACCCAACUACCAUUUUUAUCAAAAAAACGCAAUUAAUAUUCCCAUAAAAUAAUAUUCACUUUUACAACCUUAUCCUCAAAUAAGUUGUCAUAACAGUAGUGACGUCACUAAACGCUGAUUGGUGUUUUAAAAUACAUUUUAUUCAAGUAACUUUUAAUUCGUAAUUAUUGUUAAAAAACAACAUUAUGUAAAAUAAAAACGUUGCAGUAGCCUUUCUUUUAUAUUUUUUUAACAUUUUAAUCAUAAAAUUUUCAUAAAUAUUAUAUUUGCAUCUUCCCUAUUGCUGCAGUUGAGCUGAAUCCUCAUCUGAAAUGAAGAAAUUAAUACAAUUAUAAUACUUUAAAAGAUAAAGCAAAAAUCAAAAGUAGGUACGGGUCGCGCGAUGCUUACGGCUUUGUUACAGCAGGCGGGGGCUGCUCUCCCUCCGCGCCUUCGGGCUCUAUAUACUCUAGGGGUAGAGCAGACCAAGACCACGGCGUGUCGGGAUUGACCAAGUCGGUUCUGAAUAAAAGAUUGUUGUAAAGCCACAUUUACUUUUUUCUAAGUGUUGAGCCCAUACUAUUUUCUAUUUACCAAGUUUACCAAGUAAAUAAUAGCAAAUGUAUUUUUUACCUGAGGACUCAGAUAAUCCAAUUGGAGCAAUAUCAGCAGUGGUAGAACACCCAGCAAUGGGCUUAUCGCUUUGGCCACUGGGUACUGAAGAGGAGCACCCGGCAAUGGGUUCCAUCUCACCAACAGGGUGCACAAGUGGCUCAUUAGAGUCCAACACUUGUACAAUCAAGGGCACUGAAGUGGUGUUCGACACAAGCGGGUCAUUAGAGUCCAAAACUCGCCUACACUCGACUCUUCAGGCGGAGGCACAGCAAAACUCAAGGCCGGGGGCUUUGAGGACGCCAUGGUAGUCAGACGAUGUAAAUAUCAACAGGAGUACGAAAACCCUCUCAACUGCGACGAACACAAAAAUUGCUGACGGAUCUCAAAAUAAACACAAAAUGGCGGUCCAUAUGUCGUUACAAGAGUACCAACAUAAUAGAUAUUCAGAGUAGAAAAAUUGAUAUUUCGGGUCUUGCCGUAGUUCGGCUCUGUGCCUAUGACCUGACUUUUGAGAUGUGUCUUGAAAGAAGUUACUAGUUUGCGAUGAUUCAUGAGUCCAAAUUAUUGUAUGCGGAAGUAUUCGUUCAAUAUUUUUAAAUUGAAAAUUUUGGUGUACGAAACAUCAUGAAAAGGAAGCCAGUUUUGGCAUUCAAUUUCUUCAAAGUACCUUGGCUUAUCAUUCUUAUAAAUUCUUGGUUCAUUUGCGGAGUGUUUGUUUUGAAACCGGUGUUUGAAACUUUUCCAGAAUUGAUGCAGUGAGCAAUGAUAUCAGUGGCUUUUGUGCGAACGGAAUGACGUUAACUUUUAUAAUGCUUAUGAUGGCUUUUGGAGCAUUAAGGUUUUUCUACGUCGAGCUGUUGCUGGCUAGUCUUCCCGCUCGAAAAUCGCUAUAGCCAAAAAUAGUGUCGUCUCUCUUUUCCACUUCUUUCCUUAAAAGUAUGACGUUUUUAGUUAGUUCCGGCGCUUGUAGCUUGAUUUCUGUGCUGGCGCUCACGAAGUUAAAAUUAGUGUUCCUAAUUUUUUUUAUUUUGAAAUUAUUUUGGUUUUGUAAAGGUAGAUUCUCGUUGUUGCUUCUUUAUUUCUUUGCUUGGUAAGUGUCGACGAGGAGUAGGAACAAUUUUAGUGACCCCGGUAGUUUUAAUAGCGUCUUGGAGUUUUUCUUCGUCCCACAAAUGAGUACUCUAAGAUGGGAUUUGGCUGAGAACUGAUCUAUAAUAAUUAUUUCUAGGCUCAUAUAGUUUCCGCCGCGAUUCAAUAAUUUCUGCGCGCUUCCCACAGGUGAAGUAAGUCGUCGGAUAUCGAGCGGAAAUCACUACCUGAAUGCAGCAGUUUUCGCAGAUUACCCGUGGCCUCUAGUUGUUGAUCAGCUAACUUCUUCAAAGCCUCCUGGAACUGGCCCAAAAGGCCAUGUGUAAUGGCACCAAAUGCAGAAUCACAUUUCCCGAGGAGAUCCUUUAACUGACUAGGUUGUGAGUGCUUAAACAAUGUUUUAAUACGUGAACAGCUAAACAACGGUGAGGCUUGUAGUUUUUUUUGUGAAUCGGCGUAUCCAAUUUUGUUAUGACACAUUAUCCCUUGUUGUUAUAGUACGAGUUCGGCUCUAGGUAUAGAUGGUUCAGCUUCCUUUGUAGCUAGCGCAAAAAUGUCUCAUUUAUUUUUCUCUGUACUAGCAGGUACGGAUGGCAAGACGAAUCCAGGGCUAGGUACUCGCCAGCUCGUGGUUUGAGAUUCCUCUUCAUUUUCUUUGUUAGCCGACAUCAUUUCGUGCCGGUUUUAAAUCAUACCUUCCAUUCGAUCGAGUCGAGAAUCAGUGUGCUCUCUUCUUGGUGAAUGUGAAGAAGAAGAAUAACAUCUGCAUUUAACGGAGUUUGAUGCUAGAGAUGCCGAGUGAGAACGGUCCAGUGAUGGCCUUGCUUUGGCUUAAUCUUCUGAAUCGGAAGAAGAUACUAGGCGCUUAGUGCGUUUUCGUUUAAUUAGUGGAGUUGUUUUAGGUCUCCUUUUAUUCUUUGAGUUUGAUCUAGACAAACUUUUAACUACUCUGUUUUGGUGUGAUUCAACGUCGGUUGAUAGAGCAUCUGAAAUCUGCUCUCUAGAAUGCACCGAUGCCCUUAUAGGCUCGACAGCUCUAUUAAUAAUUUUAGCUUGUCAAUUUAUCUAUUUAUAGUCACAUGAAUCGAAUUAAGUUAUAAGAGAUCAUAAUGCCUGCUACACAUGUAACGAUUUAUCGUAACGAUUAAACUGUGCAAAUCGACUUGCGCAGAUUUAUCGAACGUGUGUAUGACAAAUCGUUGUCGAUUAUCGUUCGUCGGUGGCAGUUGCAAUUUAUAUUAGAUAAAUCGUUAUCGAUUGCGUUUGCACAGUUUUAUCGUCGCGUGUGGAUGGCGAUCGCUCAGUUCGGCAGUAGGUACUUCACGGAGCUCGCAAGUGUGCGCACAUGCGGCUGACUCUUAAAUGGCAACAUGUCGGAAGAAGAAAGAGAAGGAUUAUCAUGAUCGCAACAAAAAAAAUGCCUAUAACAGGCUUGUCGAAAAAUACAAAGCCAUCGAACCAAAUGCCAAUCAAUAAUCUUAGAAGUACCUAAAAUAAAUAACUCAAUAAAAUUUCAAGUGCGUCAUAAUCUUCCAUCGUGGAUGACAUGUUUCUUGCGUGAGCUUCUGCGGAGAACAAACAAUCGACGCCGAUAUCGAAGGCGUGUGGAGUCACUAGGAACGUUCGAUUUAUCUGCACAGUUUGAAAUCGCUACGAUAUAUCGUUAUGUGUGUAGCAGGCAUAAGCGGUUGGGUGCAAAUUCCGGAUCAAUUCCCGGGCCGGUCGGGUCGAAACUCACGUCUGGUCGGGCCAAAACUCACGUCUGGUCGGAUCAGAGAUCAGGUCCGAUCGGGCCAAAACUCACAUCCGGUCGGGCCAUAACUCACGUCCAGUCGGGCCAUAACUCACGUCCAGUCGGGCCAAAAAUCAUGCCCGGUCGGGCCAAGCUUAUCGGGAUGCUAUUUUUGCACAAAUAGGAUUAACCACACGAAAGCCGUCUGGGCAUGAUCCCCCGGACCAAACUUGAUAUUCCAAAACUCAUUUUCGUAAAAUCGUCUGGGCCUGAGCCCGAGAUCGAAAAUAACACUUACAACUUUAUAUCUUAUUCGAAAUCUAAAAAAAGGAUAAACUUACCUUCAUUCCUGUAACGAACGUUACACAACGUGUUAUUUUACUUUUACUUUAUUCGCAUAAAGAAAAGAUGGCGGUCAGGAACACAGACAACAUGUCAUAAAGUAGAUCAAGACUAGCCAACGCACAGAUUCAGAUUAUAGAGAAACACAGAGUAGGUAAGUAAGUUAAAGGAAAAGGAUAGGAAAUAGCUGUACUCACCUACCUAACCACCAUAAUCGAGAGAGGUAAUCUCAAAGGUCAGGCCAUAGACACAGAGCUGAAAUAGACUAAUGAGAAACAUGUUAUUUUUGCAUGAAAAAAUGGCAGCACUGAUCAAAAUGGCUGUCACAAUUGACUUUUAACAUAAAGAAAUAUUAAUUUUCAUAUUUUUUUUCUCGAGUUCUAUUCGUUUCCGCCAAAUAGAUUUCGUGUACGUGUUUUCUAAUAAUGGAUACUUUGCGUGACAAAAAUUUCAGCUCGAUACUCACCACCACAAUUAAUGGAAAUCUGAGCCACUAAAAAAUCUUGUGAACAUUUUAUUUGCACCCACACCCCCUUUUAUUAUAAAUGAAGAAGGGUUAGAUUAAGUUAAGUAGAUGCUAAAUUAAUUAUAAUAAUUGAAAUGUUAUCUUGUUGUUGUGGUUGUUUAAUGUUUAUCAUAUAAUUAAGAAAAACUUGCCAUAAAUGAAACAGAUUGAGUACCUAACCACUGAAAUGCUUUAAUAUAUAUUACAAACCUAAGGCAGUAAGUCAAUUAAUUAACCUUUAGUUACUUUUUUAGUAAACAUUAAAUAUGCAGUAUGCCUCUCAGAGCUGCGUUCCAAACCUACACUCAAUGUGCACCAAAUGACAAAUUGGACAAACUUUCAUGUUUUAUGUCAAAAUUUAAACGUAAGGCUAAAAAGUUGCACCUGGAGCUAGGUUUGUAAUGCAGCUCAGAACAUGUUUUUAUAUAUAAGAUUAUUUUUAAGAAAAUUGGCUAACCAAAACUUUUAUGCCAUGCAAUAGUUAUAAAACAAUAUCGAAAUACUUGAUUCUAAUGAGGAUCAUUACUAGGACAGCAAAUCAACUCAAAAUCAACAGUAGAAUUAUCUAAUAAUAUUUUUAAUUAAUAUACUUUUUAAAUCAUCGAAAUCAGUUAAUUCGUUCCGAUUUUAAACUCAUUUUAGGGUGAGGCCAAACGAGCGUAAUUUUGUGAGUGGUGAGUCGCAGAAUUUCGGUCGCAGAAAUUCUGCUGCAUUCGGUUUCAUACAACCUUUUUGUAUCAGUUGGUGCCACACGACAACGCAAAAUGAGUUGUCUGCCGACUCAAUGCGCAUAAGCUCGUCCGAAUUUCGGUCGGGGUGAGGGUAGGGCAAGGAAGGGGAGUGGGGAAGCAAAAGUUUGUUACAAGUUGCGUGGUGUAAUAAUUUUUGAAAAACAUGUAAUGGCAUAUGAUAGUACUUUUCAAACAUAUCUGGAUUUGCACAUAAACGUUCAUAUAAAGUAUGGAACUGUCCACAUAUCAGCCUCUGACUAUUCAGUGGGUACCCAGUUUCUUUUUCUGGCCUCAUCUUCUGAAUAUGCUUCGUAAAUACACAAUAUUUUUAAUGGAUCCAUUGCACUCGACGACACGAACGCCCCGUACUAACGCUCAAUAGUAACUGAAUAAAUUACGUUCGUAUGGCAGCUCAACAGAAAUUCAGUUGAACGUAAAAUAAUAAGUGACCGAAAAUAAGCGACUCACAAAAUUACGCUCGUUUGGCUUCACCCUUAUAGUAGCCAAUAUUCACCGGCGACCGAAACGUGUGACGUCACAGAGCUCGAACGUGGUUCACUCCGGUCGAACUUCACUGGCGUCUCUACGCACGCUCGCUCCCGAGCGCUAGAGCUCUGUGACGUCACAGCCACCACGCGGCUACCACGGCGACAUGCUACGGCGACAAUUUGUUUAGUAAUUUGAUCAUAACUUCGUCAAUAUUUGUCGUAGAACAAAAUUCAACCACUGUGUUUUAUGGUAUCAUUAGCUCUAUAAAUCUGCAUUAUAAACUAAAAUCGUAAAGGAUCCUCGUUUGUAAUAAUGCACAGUUAACUGCAGAAAAGCAAACAAAGUAUAUUAUAUAAUUAUUGAAAAUAAUAUGAGUAUGUUAGAAGGUAUCUUACAAAUUGUUGUUUAUUAUAUAUUUACUUAAUAGUUACGAUUAUUAAUGUUAUGUUAACCACAUAUGUUGAAAGUUAAAAGCUAUUAUAUACAUAAUGUUUCUAGUGUUACUAAAAUUUAACGUCCCUUCAAGUUACAUUCACUACUACUUCUACAAGAAAAAAAAAAUUAUGACUAAGAACACCUCAACAAGUCUGUUUAAGCUUUCUUCAGUCAGUAAAAAGAGCAUUAUCACUGAAAAUUUAAAUUUGGUUUCAAUGCUUUGAGAGUAUGAUAGCAAUGUAUUCUUAGUGCAGACGUUUAUUUGUAAAUUUAUUCUGCUUUAUUUACUACAGUUUGUUCAUAUCUUCACCUGAUAGAAAGUGAGAAUAGUUAGAGACAGAUAGAGCACACACAGACAAUAAAUAAACAUACCCAAUUAUAAGAACAUUUUUUUUUUCGACUUCUUGCACCUAUAAUAAUGAAAAUAUGUAUUUCCUCUGCGGUCCUCUAAUUUAACUGUCUGGGUGUAACUAUUACUAAGUAGUUAAAUUGAUUUAAAGGGCAUAGAAAUUUUUUCAGCUUUUAGAUUGUUUUGGGUGUCGGGAGGUUUUUGUGCCUGUGUUAUUUCAAUAUUUUCCAAUUAAUACCUAGUAGUCGCACUAAAAACAACGCUUCAAUUGUGUUUAUGUUCAUUGAUACCAUUCUUAAGAGCACCCAAACACGCUAUAUCUGCUGUAAGUAGCUGGGAGAUAAGUACUAUGCUGCGCCAUCACCUAAAGGCCAAGUCAUGGAAAUACCACUACUAAAAAUUGCACCAAAUUUAAAAUCUACUACAUUAUUAUUUGUACCCUCAUUAAGUUGCAGUCAAUGCGCCGUUUGCACUACGUUUCUUUGUUUGCGAUUAUUAAAUCAUGUUUUUUUAACCGUCUUCAAAAAGGAGGAGGUUCUCAAACUCAGACAUAAUAUGAAAAAACUAUAAUAGCAUAAAAAAGUAAGGAUCAAGAAUCUGUAGAUUGAAAAUAAGUUUACGGGCUCAAGUCAUACUUAUUUAUAUUAUUGAUUACUUUGAAAUUUUCUAAUAUUGUAAAUUAUGUGAGUCACUGGAUUGAAUACCUACACAUCUUGACAGUCUACCUAUCACAAAAUAACGUUAGAUGAAGUAAAUAAUUCCAUUUCUUAUAUUUUAUUGUCCGUGAACGGCAGAAUUCGUACUAUAAACUGCUCAAUGUGAUACUUUAGUGAAGAAGCAAGAUGGCAACUAUGCUGUGUAUGUAGGUGUCGUAGUAUUUGUUAAAUCAAAAAUUACGGAAAAUUACUCAGGGGCGAUACCAUUCCUCAAUCUUACAAAAAAGAGAUAGGAUUUUUGCGAAAACGCGAAUUGCCAGUAAGAUUGCGAAAACAAACCUUGGCUUAUUAACAAUAUUUUUGGGUUCUUGGCUUCACAUGUGUUAGGACGAAAUGGACGGCGAAGCGCCAGAAAAAUAAUUUCGUUAACAGUAAGAUUGAGCAAUGUAAUCGCCAUUGUCUAAUUAUCAUAAUGGUAUCGAUUCCGACAUGAUUCUCUAAACCUAAACUUAAAUUUAACAACAGUCUUUCCUUUUCAUUCUGUAUAGAGUCUAUACAGAAUGAAAAGGAAAGACUGUUGUUAAAUUUAGUUUUAAGUUUAGAGAAUCACGCCAGAAUCGGCACCAAUAUUAUCCUACAACUUCAGGGUAGUCCAAUAAGUGAAUUCAAAUCUUAGCGGUAAAACCGAAAUUAUUAUAAAAUUCCACAUGCUAAAGUUAUUUUACAAGAAUUUCAAUUAAAUUUAAUUUGAAAUUGCAUUUUUAAAUUUAAUUUACCAUAACAAUGAUAAAAAGUGUUUCGAUGAUUUUUAGCCUAUGCGCCUUCGAAGGCCAAAAAAGGCUGAUUACGUACAAUAUUUUUCAUGUUAUUUGGUAGUUUAGAAGCAUGCGGAGUUUUUAAUUUUAGGCAGAAGCUAUGGAAACUCCUUUUUGUAUUUUUAAAUUGAAGUUGAAAAGACAUUGGGCAAAAAUGUAUGGACACUGCACCCAUGUCCGCCACGGCUUAAACUACAUUUAUUUGAAAGGUAUUAUAGUCAAGAUCAUCUGUGCCAAAGCGCAUCAAAUUCUAUCCCGGGGGUCUUUAGUUAUUUUAAGUUAAAUAUUUACAAGUACUAUAACGAAAGACAUUAAU